AUGACGAGUUCGAAAGUGGAAGCUCCCAAAACCUCCGCACUUACUACCCUCAUCUCCACAACCAGCAAAACCGAAUCACCGACUCCCCUCCACGCACUCACAGCUCAGGUAUACCACAAUCUCCAACACCAACAUAUCUGGACAUCCCUGAAAAUCCACGACCCUUCAGAAGAUGCCUCACUACCCAGUUUAUCAAUGCCAUUGAUCUCCGGCAUUCCUCCACAGCGCAUGUACACACACCCCGACGAGCAGCUUUAUCUACUCCAGAUCGGCCUCCGAGAAGAAGACCUCCCCUCUGAGCGGUUGUGGGUGUUGCCAAGCACACAAGGCCAGACAUGGACUUUGGGAAAAUUAGCGACUGUUUUUGAUGCGCUUCCUUUGAGGACUACAGGGACAGAGAGCUCAACAAACGCUGGCGAAGAAAGCAAAGAAACCUUCGACAAGGGGAAAGAAGAGAAAUUGGCAAAGUACUUCGAGAAAAAGCGAGAGGCAGACAAAGAGAAUAAAUGGGGCGGGAAGCGAUUGCUGCUCGCGGUGGUGGAUAGAUUGGUUGGCGGUGAUGGAACGGUUGUCUAUUAUGUUGUUCAGGAUGGCCAUGUGAAACCUCGCCAGAAUUGA